AUGGAGAAUUAUCCCUGUCCUCUGAAAAGCGCUAGUCCUGCAGUGCUGAGCUCCCGCUGUACUUCCUGGGCCACUGAUAUCUUCUUGACCAUCCUGUGUGCAGUGGGAUUCUUCCUCCUGGUACUCCCCUACCUCAUCCAGCGUAAUUCACCCUUACCACCACCUAAGAAAGAUAUAAACAUCCAGGAGCCUCAAGUGGAGACAAGGAGGAGGAGGAGCAGGAAGAACAAAAGUGACACUGUGAAAGCUUGCAGAAGUUGCCUUAAAGAAUUACACAAAGCUCGGAGUCUGAUUUCGCUUCUGCGAAACUUCCUGGGAGAGCCAGGGGACGAGGGCCGCGUUCAUCAGCGGAAAGGUGGAGAACCCUCUGGUGCGGCUGGAAAAAGAGCGCCUUCGGAAGCCGGGCGGCGGCGGCGGCGGCGUGAGGAGCAGCGUGCAGAGCCCACGACAGGUGCUGCGCCCGCAGUGUCCACCUCCACUGCCACGGCGCCUCCGACCCAGCCCCCGGGCCAUCUGGCCUCCACCGCUUCGGCCCAACCUCCAGAGCAUCCAUCUGACUUGGAGACCGAGGGCUCUUCUGACUGGAUAACUGAAGACUCUUCCGACCGGACCACUGAUGACUCUGCUUCUUUUGACGGAAAGACCACCCCGGAGAGUUUUUCAGUUAACACGUAUUAUUCGGCGCCUUCUGUGCCUACAGUCACAGGCCCUGAUGGCUCAAGUUGUCCUGUUUCGGCCUGUUCCUGGUGGUGGGCGGCUGCCAAGGCCUUUCUCGCCUGGAAACACUGCGAAUCCCAGCAAGAGCAUACUUCCUGCCACCCAUCAAAGGCCUCUUUCUGGGGAGGUCGCACAGGUGGGAGCAUAGAAGCUGGGAGCCCCUCUUUGCUUAACCCUGAUGUCCAGAAGCCCCUGGAAACAGAGAUUGCAAACAGAGUGGAAUCAAAGAUUUGUAAAGAAAAAGAAAAGGAUGGAUCAUUUAAAAAACACGUGAGCCCAGACUACCGCCUGAAUUCUUCGGGUAUUUUAAAAUCACUCAGUCAUGAGCAGGCCACCACGGUUCUCCAGCCGUACUGGAGCAAACCAGAGCAGCUGUCCAGUCAUCAGCAGCUCAUAUAUCCCCAGGCCUUGGGGGAACAUUUACCCCCCUCUCUGCACUGUGAGUCCCUGGGAGCUACUGCCCGGGUCUCUGGGAGCUCUCCACCAGUACAGUCUCCUGUUUUAGUCAAUAGAAUAUCUAAUGCCUCCCCAGUUCAAGUAUCCUCACACUGCUCCCAGCCCUUGCCCCACCCUGAGGCCCAACCCCAGGCCCCACCUCUGGUCCCGGUCCUCACCCAGAUCCCUCUCCAAUCCUGUUCACCAAUCCCACCAUUGAAAAGUUGGGGAGCUUUACCCUCCGUGGCCAAAGGGUCUCAGGGGGCAUUUAAUCCUCUCAGUCCCAACCUUCCCCAGGACAACAGGGCCUCUGAGGCCCACAAGUCAGACUCCAUCCUUUCUGGGGAUGUUCCUAGCAGAACUGAGCUACAGAAACAACUGGAACAGCACAUUCGAAAGAGGAUCACCCAACACAAGCGGAGUCUGCCCAGCAGGAUCCGAGAGUUUCUGGAACUGACACAGCCUUGGGAAAAAUUACCAGGGACAGAUCAGGCAAAGGACCAGCAUGGACCCUCAUGGCCUUCUGUGUUUCUAGGUGAAAGCAGCAAGGAUGUAAAGGAGAUGGGAUGCACACAUGAAGAAAGCUGCUGCACAAGGGCCCCAGGAAACUUCCAGCUAGGCAAGGACCUGGGCAAGGGGCUGGGGCAGGUCCCAAAAUAUGAUAUAUCCCAGGGCUCAGAAAAUUCCCCAGUGAAGGCUCUGUGGGCAUGCUCUGAGAAGGAGUUAAGGAGUAACACAGGAAACUACAUACUAAGAAACCCAAAUAAGAAACAGCUAGAAACUCCCCUGAAUGUCCAUUUCGGCAGAGAGUUGGAGCACAUCACCAAGGGUUCGAUUCCUGUGAGUGUUGGCUGUUCCUGGCUUACUGCCAGCCAUACUUUGCCCAAGUCUGACACUCACAUAGAAACUGGAAAUCCAGUAUCCUGGGAGUGUCAGGCACAACACAGGAACACCACUCAGGAGUUUUCAUCCCUCGCUCCAGGCACAGGGCAGGCCCUGGAGGCACAUCCUAAAAGAUUUUGUGUGAGGCACAAGUGGGACCUAUCCGUUCAGGCAGGUAAGCCCAUGAAUCUCAGUUUGAGUGAGACUCAAUCAUCGCCCCUUUCCCAGUAUGAAUUUCCCUCCUCAGCCACUCAUGAAUCUUGGACCAGCUCAGGAGCUGAGGCUGCCAAGUUCUGGGGAGAAAACCUGCAGGCAGUCUGGGGAGAGAAGACGACAGUGAAAAAGUCAGACCCCACCCUGGGGACCCCUCCUCUCCUUACCCCCUCACCUGUAGGUGAAGAAGUCCAGGGGGCUCUGAGACAAACUCCAUGUGAUAAUGACCCUAGGCCCUUGGAGGCCGCUCAAAGUGGGCAGGAGGGCAGGCAGCCUUUUCAGCCCCUCACACCCAGCAUUGUGGGCAGAGGGCCAGUGAGCAGGACUGUCCCGGGGGCCCAGAGAGGCAGCCUAGAGCCAAAUUCAAGUCAGUCAGUCACCAAGAAGGGGCCAGGGGAGGAAAGUGUGAGUUGUGCCCUAGGAGGCCCCAGCCCUAGUGUUGCAAGGUUGGAGAUCAGCUAUGAAUCCCAGUCUUCGAGGGAUCAAGAGACCAGGAAGGCAAAAGUGGCUAAGGGGUCCUCUGCACCACAGCUACAAGGUACAGACAUCUUGAGAACUAGUGUGCUGGCCAAAUCCCAAAACAUCAGUGUGGAUCUGACUAGUAAAAGCCCCUCACCUCCUGGAAUGCCUGGUCAAGAACCAGGAAAGACACACCUUAAAGCACAGGUGCUUAAUGAGGAAGAGCUCAAAAUGGAGUUAGAGACAGUAAGCCGACCUCAGGUCUGUUCCACUGACGCGCUCCCUCAGGACUGUGCCACUGAAAUGAUUCUCCAAGGCUGUGCCACAGAUAUCUUGGCCUCUCAGCCAUCUCGCUCCUCUCCAAAGCAUGCUAAUAGGGACAUAGCAGCUCGGGAAGUGGUAAGUGAGCUCAUGGAAGCCAGAGGGAGCAGUCUGGGGCAGCAGGACCCCAAGAUCCCAAAACUUCAGGACCCAUGGAAGAACCAGAGGAAGAUUUCUGCCCCCACUGAUGAAAGAAAAGUUUUUAGGAGGUGCAAACCAAAGGAGCCUGAAGAAGGGCUGGCAGGAUUGGGGGCCUCCCGAGCCAGAGGAAUGAGCCAGCCUGCCCGGGAUAAGAGGGCAGUAGAGCCCCUUGGCAUCACGUCCCCCCAGCUUCCAGCAGAGAAGAGACAUGCUCCUCCAGAAGGCCACAUCAAAGGGAGGAUGAGGAACUUUCUUCAAAGCAUUUGCCCUGAUAAAAAAGACAAAGGGUGGGGUGAUCCCCUGCAAAACGCAAAGCCAACUUCAGCCUCUGCCCAGAGCCACGGACCAGUCAAAAGCAAAUUAGUGUUCAUGGACGGGGAGGCUCCUGAAUUUCAGGCACUUGUAAAGGCUGUCAGUCAGAUCUUAGAAGAGAAACUUAGGCUUCAGCAACCAUCUUAUGCCUCAAAGUUAGAACAGCGAACAGAGAAAACCCAGGAAAGUCAGGACCCAGUUGGUAGGCAACCAUCCUACCAUAAGGCUCCCUCUUACCCAGAGAACAGGAGAGAAAUGAGUGAUACAGCCAGGAACAAAUGGACCCACGAGGGGCACAGAAAUCCCUACACAAUGGUGAAAUUCCAGGCCAGUGAUCGGGCAUUACCUUCCAUGGGGCCUGUGCCCCCAGUCAGUCCUUGCCAGCAUGGACCAAGAAUGUAG